AAUUGCUUAUCAAUAUUUGAUGAUGGUUCCCAAAAUAUUUUUGUUAUUUCAGUUUCUCAGUUUCUUAUGUCUCUUUACCGUUACUUUUGGUUCCACUGAGGAAGCAAUUGCCCUCCUAAAAUGGAAAGCAACUUUCAAGAACCAGAGUAAUUCCUUAUUGGCUUCAUGGACACAAACUUCGAAUACAUGCGAGGAUUGGUAUGGAGUUAUAUGCUUUAAUGGUAGGGUAAGCAAGUUGGAUAUUAAAGGAGCUCGUGUCAUUGGUACACUCUAUGAUUUCCCAUUUUCAACUCUCCCUUUUCUUGAAUAUGUUGAUCUUAGUGUGAAUAAUCUCUCUGGAACUAUCCCACCGGAUAUUGGUAAUCUCACUAAUCUUGUCUAUCUUGACUUGCACACCAAUCAGAUUUCAAGCACAAUCCCAUCACAAAUCGGCUCACUAGCCAACCUUCAGACCAUUUCCAUCUAUGACAACCUUUUAAAUGGUUCUAUUCCUGUUUCAUUAGGAAAUUUAACCAACUUGUCUAUUUUGUAUCUUUAUCAAAAUAAUCUUUUUGGCUCUAUUCCUACAGAUAUAGGUUAUCUAAGGUCUCUUACUGAUCUAGAUUUGGGUACUAAUUCUCUCAAUGGUUCUAUUCCUGCUUCAUUGAGAAAUUUGACCAGCUUGUCUAGUUUGUUUCUUAAUGGGAAUCACCUUUCUGGCUCUAUUCCCACUUCUUUGGGAAAUUUGACUAGCCUGUCUAUAUUGUAUCUUCAGGAGAAUAACUUUUCUGGCUCUAUUCCCAAAGAAAUAGGUAACCUAAGGUCUCUUAGACAUCUAAUGUUGGGUAAAAACUCUCUUAGUGGUCCUAUUCCUGAAGAAAUAGGCUACCUAAGGACCCUUAAUUAUUUAGACUUGUCUACUAAUUUUCUUAAUGGUUCUAUUCCUCCUACAUUGGGGAACUUGAACGGCUUGUAUCUUUUGUCUCUAUAUGGUAACAACCUUUCUGGUUCUGUUCCAAGUGAGUUGGGAAAUAUGAAAAGCCUUGUUACUAUGUUUUUAAAUAUGAAUCAACUCAUUGGUUCAAUUCCAGCUUCCUUUGGCAACUUGAGAAACUUGGAAUAUUUGUAUCUCCAAAGCAACAAUCUCACUGAGAAAAUUCCUUCGUCUAUCUACAAUUUGAUAUCAUUGAAAGUGUUGUAUUUGGGGAGAAACAAGUUGAGGGGAGAAAUUCUUCAAUGUCUAGUUAAUAUUAGUGGACUCCAGGUGCUAAGAAUAGAAUCUAAUAAUCUCAGUGAAGAGAUCCCUUCGUCUAUUUGUGAUCUAACAUCGCUAAGGAUUUUGGAUUUGGGCAGAAAUAAUCUGAAGGGACAAAUUCCACAAUGUUUUGGCAACAUGGGUGGUCAUCUUGAGGUUUUGGAUAUCCACCAAAACAAUCUUUAUGGGACUCUUCCAAAAACUUUUAGCAUUGGAAGUGUACUCAGAAGCUUAGACUUGCAUGACAAUGAAUUAGAGGGGAAAAUCCCCCGAUCUUUGGCUAAUUGCAAAGAAUUGGAACUUCUUGAUUUGGGAGAUAAUCACCUUAAAGAUACAUUCCCAUUGUGGCUUGAAACUUUGCAAAAGCUGAAAGUUUUAAGAUUGAGAUCGAAUAAAUUGCAUGGGUCGAUUAGAACUUUAAGUGAUGAAAACAUGUUUCCUGAGCUUCGAAUUAUAGAUCUCUCUUACAAUGCCUUCACGGGGAACUUGUCGACUAGUCUGUUUCAAAAAUUGAAAGCCAUGAGGAAAAUUGAUCAAACAGUGAAGGUACCGACAUAUCUUGGUAAAUUUGGAGAGAGAGAUUACAAUGAUUCUAUAACAGUUUCAACCAAGGGAUUGGAGCUUGAACUAGAUAGAAUUUUGACAAUUUACAUCACUAUAGAUCUUUCAAGUAACAAAUUUGAAGGACAUAUUCCUAGUAAUCUGGGAGAUCUUAUUGCGCUUCGGGUGCUAAAUUUGUCUCAUAAUAGAUUGCAAGGUAAUAUACCAUCAUCACUUGGAAGUUUAUCUUUAGUCGAAUCAUUGGAUCUUUCAUUUAACCAGCUUUCGGGAGAGAUACCACCAAACCUUGAUGCUCUUACAUUUCUUUCAUUCUUAAAUCUCUCUCACAAUCAUCUCCAAGGAUGCAUUCCUCAAGGACGUCAAUUUGCUACAUUUCAAAAUAAUUCAUAUGAAGGUAAUGAUGGAUUACAAGGAUUCCCUGUUUCGAAAGGUUGUGGAAGUAUUUGGACACCAGAGACAAAUAAUACCGAUUAUGAGCUAGAUGAUCAAGAAAGCAAUUCUGAAUUUCUGAAUGAUUUCUGGAAAGCUGCACUUAUGGGAUAUGGAAGUGGGCUAUGUAUUGGAUUAUCCAUAAUAUACUUCAUGAUCUCAACUGGAAAUCUGAAAUGGCUUGUAAGAAUUAUUGAAGAGCUGGAACACAAAAUUAUUAUGCGACAGAGAAAGAAGCAGCAAAGUCAAAGGCACAACAGAAGAAGAAAUAAUCGCAUGUAGAAGAGUUAAAAAAUCAGGUACGUGCUUGGAGGAGCAUUUGGUGGAAUGCUCAUCAGAGAUGUAAUAAUGAGUAAGCCUUUUAUUAACUUGGGAAAAUGAAUACUAUGAACUUUGAUGAUAUAUCAAGUUUAUGUAAGAUAUUAAUGUAUUCAAUGAAUGUUGUGUAUGGAUGAAAUGUAUGCAUUUUUUUG